AUGGAUGACUUUUGUCUUCUUCAGGUACUCGAGUACGUAGGUGUUUCCUACAGCUCUCCGACCAUUGGCAAGUGCUAUCGGAACUUGACUCCCGUAAACACAUUCUUGCUUGUGGUAGUUUUGAGAAUGGAGAAAAUCGACGUAAAAAGUCCAAGCAGUCGAGCAAAAUUAUUGGGUACCAUAAUAGCAAUAUCGGGAGCAAUGGUGUUCACAUUGUAUCAAGGCCCAGAAAUCUUAACGAUCACCCGUUCUCCGAAAACACCCGAUCGGCUUCUUUUAUCACAACUGUCGAAUUCGGUAUUUGGAGGUCUGCUUCUUAUUAUCACGGGAAUUUGUGGUGCCAUUUGGAACGUAUUACAAACGACAACAAGAAGAGAAUACCCGAAUCAAGUAACAUUCGUAUUUUUCUACUAUCUUUUUGGGACGAUUCAAUGUGUAGCUCUAGCAGUUUUCCUAGAACCGAAUCCGAGCUCUUGGGCGUUGCAGCUCGGAAUCGGGAUGAUUGCUGUUGUUUUUGGGUCUGGAUCAGCUUGUCCGCACCUGAAGUCGUGUCAACUUGCUUUUAGCGAGCAUGGCUUGCAUGUUGUGGGGCGGGCUCACGAAUUCGAACCGGACGACCUGGCUUGCCGAGUUGUGCUUGCAUAG